UUUAUAACGAAGAGGAUAUUUGUGUGAAUUGCACUUAGAGUGGUGCGCUGUGAGGAAGGCCGUUCAGGGCCUCGUUUGUGAGCUGUUUGGUUUCUUGUGUCCCUCGCUGGGAGGCAAAGACUGGAAGGUUUCUGUUCUGAUCAACGAAUGAGAUUAACAUCUCAAAAAUGACUGAUUUAACUAAAAUAGAGGAGCAAGAACCUGGGAAGAGCUUGUCUGAAGAAGCAGAGAAAAAGUCUCAAACUUCAGAGGAAGAUUCAGGUAUCAAUUUGGAAGACAAGGGCUCAACUUCAGGCACAGGGCAUUCUACUGAAAAUGAACAAGAAAUUGCUGCUGAUAAGCAGGACAACACAGCAAAAAAGAGGAAAUUAGAUACUGAGGAUGACACUCCAGGGAAAAUACGUGAGAUAGGCCAUGGACAAGCUGUAGCUGCCCACUACAAUGAACUUCAAGAAGUUGGAUUAGAAAAACGCAGCCAAAGUCGCAUAUUCUACCUCCGCAACUUUAAUAAUUGGACAAAGAGUGUCCUCAUUGGUGAGUUUAUAGACCGAGUACGAGAGAAGAAGAAUGAUAUAACUGUUUUGGAUCUAGGAUGUGGCAAAGGUGGAGACUUACUUAAAUGGAAAAAAGGCAGAAUUAAAAAACUUGUCUGUACAGAUAUUGCUGACAUUUCUGUGCAGCAGUGCAAGCAGCGGUAUGAGGACAUGAAAGGACGAUGUCGCUAUAAUGAAUAUAUUUUUGAUGCAGAGUUUAUACAAGCGGAUAGUACCAAGGAUCUCCUGUCUGCCAAAUAUGAUGAUCCAUAUAUGCUCUUUGACAUUUGCAGCUGUCAAUUUGUUUACCAUUAUUCAUUUGAGACAUAUGAGCAGGCUGACAUGAUGCUUAAAAAUGCUUGUGGGAACCUCUCUCCUGGSGGGUAUUUUAUUGGCACCACUCCAAAUAGCUUUGAGCUUAUAAAACGACUUGAAGCUUCAGAAACAAAUUCAUUUGGGAAUGAUGUUUACAGUGUAAAAUUUGAAAAGAAGGGAGAUUAUCCCUUGUUUGGCUGCAAGUAUGACUUCCACUUAGAAGAAGUGGUUGAUGUUCCUGAGUUCUUGGUUUAUUUUCCAUUACUGGAAGAAAUGGCAAAGAAGCAUGGUAUGAAAUUGGUCUACAAAAUGACAUUUCGGGAAUUCUAUGAAGAAAAAAUCAAGAAUGAGGAACACAAAAUGCUGCUAAGGAGAAUGCAGGCCUUGGAGCCAUAUUCUGCCUUCGAUGAUUCCAGGCUUGUUUCUGAUAAACCUGAUGAUUAUGAGCAUGCAAAAGAGUUUAUCAAGGAUGGCAAGGGAAAGUUACCAUUGGGAACCUUGAGUAAAUCUGAGUGGGAAGCAACAAGUAUUUACUUGGUGUUUGCCUUUGAGAAACAACUGUGAAACGUCAUAUACUGGAUUCAACAAGAGGAGAUCAUAUCCAUGUGCAAGUUGGAAUGGUCUAAAAUCCAUUGUGGCAACUAUUUUUUUAUUUUUAUUUUUUAAUUAUCAGAAGUGUGCAGGGCACUACCAAAAAAAAAACCGAGAGCAAGCUCAUGAUUCUGAGUUACAUUUGCCUGUCUGUGACAGAUUGACUUGUGUGUGUAUAUAUAAGAAAGAUUAAAACCCAGUCUUUUUAAACAUUUGUAAGCAGUCUGCAUGCCCUCAAAAGUCAUGUUUGAACUUAACACAGCUUUAUGUUCUAAACACAUGUGUUGUUUGUGUGUUGGUGGUUACAGGCCUGAUCCUGCACUUCCGGAAGUUGAUGGAAAAUGACUGUGGCUUUUGGUGGUGCAGAAUGAGGGCCUAAAGACUGUGCUGCAAAGCUCAGCCAGUUCACGCUGGGGUAUAUUCAGACACGAAGGGUACAUCUACAUUGCAUGUAAGGCUAAAUGGCAAAUACCACCAGAGUGUAUUUGAAUACCUCUGUGCUGUGCUCUGGCCUGCAGUGUAAAUUUACCUUAUUCCAGUGCUAUUCCAGGUAUAAUUUACAUAGUAAAGUUCCAUGCUAUUCUUGGGUUUUUUUUUUUUUUGUGCUUGCUGAUAUGUAGUGUCACUUUGUGGUGCUUUCAAGAUUAAAUUGGUUUGUUCUGUACAAAACUGCUGUGAAAUAGCUGAAUUUCUGUAGGUUUAAAACUCCAAGUCAUUCUUCCGACUGUGCAGUAAUCAAUCACAAAUGCUGAGACUUUGUUACAUUAAAGUGUCACGACUCUUGUGGUUUUAAUGUUCCUGUUGUUCAUAGUUUACUGCUGACACUUUCUAGAUUGAUCUUUUUCCCAAUACUGACAUGUUUUCCACUUGUUUCACAAAGGUUUUUGUCAURAAAGAUGAGCUCCACGUGGCGGUGAGGUCCUCGCUGCAGCCCAUAAGGCUUUAGGAAUGUGCUUGGAUUAAUGCAUCAUGAACUAAGAGAGGAACCUGUAUGACACUUGACAAGUCAUCAUCCUGAGAUCCAUGAGAGGAUAUUGGCAGUUCACUCAGGAGGGAGGGAUGAGCACGAUUGCCCCUACUU